AUGGGAACGGCGAUAACGGAACCCAUGGCUAUCGCAUCGACCUCCGCAGGUUCUACUGCUUUCUUAACGAUGUCGGAAACAGGAGCGCCGCCAUUAGCAGCUUCUCUUCCUAACAUUCUUUGUGUAACAUCCAAAACUUCCGAUGUGAUUUGCAAUCCAUGGAGGAAUUUGGUCAGUCAAAACAGGAGACGUUACAAAAAGGACAACUUCGAUCUAGAUCUUACAUACAUCACGGACAGGAUCAUUGCAAUGGGCUUUCCAGCUAUAGAUCAAGAAAAAAUCUACCGAAAUAGCAUGGAGGCAACAGUUGCAUUUUUGGAACGGUAUCAUGCUGAUCACUACAUGGUUUUCAAUCUGCGUGGACGACAUGCGUACGACCCGAGUUAUUUUCACAAUCGUGUGAUGACCUUCGAGAUGGAUGAUCAUCAUCCACCAAGAUUGGAAUUGAUGGCACCUUUUUGUCGUGCUGUGCAUGAUUAUUUGGCUGCUGAUGAGCAGAAUGUUGUUGCUGUACACUGUAAAGCAGGUAAAGGACGUACGGGUGUAAUGAUUUGUGCUUAUCUCGUGUAUAUAAAUUUUUAUUGUUCCCCAAGGCAAAAUAUGGAUUACUACAGUAUUGUGAGGACUAUCAACAAUAAAGGUGUGACCAUACCAUCUCAACGACGUUACGUUUAUUAUUUUUCACAUUUAAGGAAACGCAAUCUCAAUUAUAUGCCGCUUCGUUGUGAACUUAUUGGUGUAUAUUUUGAGCGACCUCCCAGAUUGAACGGUAUCUUACUUGAUGGAGCAUAUCGGUUACGAGUUGCUAACGGUGAUGUAGAUGUGUUUAUACCGGGACCACUUCGAUUGAGUGGUCGGGAUUUUGAUGAAGAAGAAUCACUAUGGAGCCAGUAUCCUUGCUCUGUAGGGGAAGAUCAAUUCAAUCCUUACGAUCCACAACCUGGCAAAGAUUGCAUUUCAAGGCGAUGUUAUGGAUGGAGUGUACCAGCGAAGAAAAGAGUAUUUAUCGAAGGCGACGUUCGGAUUGAUUUUUACGCGAAGAAAUGGUUUAAAGGUCUGGGAUGGACUUUGAAAGAUCGCGAGAAACUAGGACAUGUUUGGUUCAAUACAAUGUUUACUUGUCCUGGAUAUUGUGGUGGAGUGUAUAUACAUGGUGACGAAGCAUAUCCUUAUCCAAAAGAUGGAACAGCGAUAUUCAAUCCGUGGCCGUCUGUCGAUUCUCAGCCUUGCGAAACAAAUGGUAUUCUUAAAAAUAUUCCCCAAUGUUCUGAUGACAAUCAUGACAAUAGAAGGAAACGACAUGAGAAGAAAUCCCAUUUAAAAAACGAAUUGCCAGUAUCGAAUCAGUGGAAUAUUGAUUUUCCUCCAGGACUUGAAAAGCAUUGCCCUCUUCGAUGUUUGCCUCUCAUAUAUCCUAAACAGCUCGGGCGACAGCCGUUUGUUUUAUACUUUUUUUUCAGAUUGAGAGCUAGUCCACGAAAAGAAAUCAUGACGAUGUUGCGUGAUGCACACAUAAAGCAUUUGAUCGGCGAUAAGUAUAAGAAGCAUCUUCAAUCAGUUCCAUCCGGUGAUGCUAUUCCUAGAAGUCCUGAAGCCAGGCUAGACUGUGGAGGGCCCAUGUGUCUGAUGCGUCAACCCUUCGAACAUGUUCUAACAUUUAGCGUUCUGGAAGUAGACCGAGCUUUCAAGCAUGAUAAAAUGAAUAAGGGCUUAAAAAUAUAUGUGGUGGUGAAGUGUGUUGAUGUUGACAACAAGGACGAUGUCGAAUUGGCAAACAAAUGUAUCGAAAAUAUGUAUGCAGCACAAGCAAAAAUCGAUGCAGCUAGAACGGAGGAGAUGCGAAGGAAAAGUGGACAGUCCAGAUUGGAAAACUUCUCUGACAGUACAUCAUCACAUUCGUCAAAUUCUUAUUCAGCAGAUGCUAUAUCUGACCAACCUUGGCGAUAUGACCCACGCUUACAGAAUGCUAAUUUACGCAAAUAUUUCUUCAGACAACGAGCGGAUUCGAAAUCGGUCCAUCCUCCGGCGAAUUAUCGGUGUUUGCCGGGAAAAGCUGAUUCUUCAUCUUUGGAUUUGUGGGAGACUGGUCUAACAAAUUACGCUGGUGAUGACUCUUUGGACGAGGAAGAAGUUGCGAUGAAAAAGCAGAUUCAAAAUGCAGAUACUGAAUGUGCAAAAGAAGAUUUUAUAGCAACACAAGAUCGAGAAUGGCUGGAAGAGUCAUCCGAGGUCCGUUUCGAUUAA